AAAAUCAUUAUUCCACCCCACUACCGGCUCGUCUGUCUCGUGUGCGUAGAGGAGCAGCCAGACACCAGCUAUAAAGAUCGAGUGUUGGUCCUUCGCCCGUCACACUUUAUGUCUUGCUCUCGUCUCAGUCGUAUCUCACGUGUAUAGCAACUACGCAAGAUGAGGACAGUAAUUAUGUGCCUGGCUCUGGCUUGCGUUGCCAUGGCUCGAUCCGAGGGAUACUGGGUUCAGUUCACUGCCAAGAGCGUCAAGAGUGAUAUCUUCAUACCUCUACGCGCGAACAAAACGACUAGCCUCAUUAAUGAGUGCGGCAAAGAAGUAACGGAACCUCUGGGCAUCCUGGAGCACACUUACAAGCAAGGCUCGGCCAGCUCGGACGAAAAGUGCACGUGGAAGCUUCACGCGCCGAAAAAUCACGUGGUUAACGUAAUCUCGGUGUUGUUCGUCCUGGAAGACGAGAUAAAGCCCAGCAAGGACGAUGACGUCAAGACCAGCACCAUCUCGCUCUACGACGGCGGAGAAGCCGUGGAGAAGAAGCUGCUUACCAGAUACUUCGUCACGCCUCAGGAGAAGGUCGGCUACUUCGUCCAGAGCAUCUCCUCCAGUCAGGACAUGGUCGUGGAGAUCAAGUACCACGACAACAAGGAUUUCGCAAGCCAGAAGAUCCUGGUUAACUACGAGUUCCUCGAUGUCGAAAAAAUGAAGGAGUUGCUUCGCGCCACGUAGAGAGACGAAACUUCUUAACGAGCACGUAGUGUGCGCCGCUACGCACAAUAAGUGUUACGUCGUGACACUUUUCUUUCUUUCUCUCCGCGCUUUGUGAUUUUGACGGCUAUUAGCAAGCCGAAGGUUGUGCGCUCAUUAUUUAAUAUCAAAGUUCGCUGUAUACAAGGACGCGAGUUUCUGAAAUUCUAGGAGCAAUUUAUUUGUGAUACGGCUGUGCAACUUUUUAAUAGACGUUGAUCGCGUAUAAUACGACGUGCUGUGAACGUGAAACCGAAAGAGUUUUUAUAUAAGAAUAAAAUACACUGCACAAAAAA